AUGAAUGAAAAAGAUGACAUAAAAGAAGAAAUCAAAUGUAUUAAUUCAAAGGAAUAUGAUAAAGUUAUUAAAGGAUUUAAGGAAAUUAUAAAAGAUAAAGAAAUUGAACACUAUGAAAUUAUUGGAGAAUACAUUGAUUUAAUGAAUGAGCAAAAAGAAAAAAUAAAAGGAAAAAAAGGAGUGAUGAUGUUAUUUACCUUCGACUGUAAUGACACACAUGACCAAUUACCAAAAAUUAGUAUUAUAAAAGAAGAGAAAGAAGGAAAUGAAGAAAUUAAUGAAGAGUAUGAUAAAUUAAUUAAUAACCUUCAAGAAUUACAUAAUGAAUAUACAAACCAACCAAUGUUAUUCAUUGUCCGUCAUGCAGUUAGGCAUGACUACAUCGAUUUAAAAUGGGUUCCAACAGCACAAUAUCCACAUGACCCACCAUUACAUAUAGAUGGAAUUAAACAAGCAGAAGAAGUAGGAAGAAGAAUGAGACAUGAAAAGAUUGAUGUUAUUGUUAGCUCACCAUAUUUAAGAGCAACAGGAACAGCAAGAGAAAUAGCAAAAUAUAAUAAUAUGAAGUAUGGAAUAGAGCCAGGUGCAAGUGAAUUUUUGUCUAAAGUAAACAGAAAAAAAGUACCAGAAUUUGAUCCGAUUAAAUAUAAAGAUCCAUAUUAUGAUGACCAAUAUCAACCAAUUAUUAAGGAAGUAGUAUUAGAAACAUGGGAAGAAAUUCAGCAACGAGCAUUUAAAGCAAUACUAGAACUAACUAAAAAAUAUAAAAGAGUAUGUUUUGUAACACACAGAUCUACCCAACAAGCAUUUAUGUCAAAAAUGAUAGGAAGAACUAUCAAAGACAAUUAUGCGUUUACAUCAGUAUGUAUGUUUAAACCAAUUGAAACAUUCCCGUUCUUCAUUCCACAAAGAAUGAAUUCUUAUUAUCAUCUAAGAACAUUUAUCGAAACACCAGUCCAUAAUCCUAAUUAUUAUAUUGAAGGGAAUUAUAAAGAUAUGAUUCGAGGAGAUGAUGGUAAAAUUUUACCAUCAGGAUAUGUCUAA